AUGAAGCUCCUUUUGCUGACUCUGGCCGCACUGCUGCUCUUGUCCCAGCUCACUCCAGGUAGCACCCUAAAAUGCUGGAAUCUUCAUGGCAAAUGCCGCCAGAAAUGUUUCAAGAAGGAAAGGGUGUAUGUUUACUGCACAAAUAAUAAAAUGUGCUGUGUGAAGCCCAAGUACCAGCCAAGAAACCUUCCAUGGAAAGUUUAA